AUGACGACCUCUCAAGAUCUGCCGUCCCUCCCGGCAAGCUCGGGGCAUGUCACGGUGAAGCUUUUAGAUGGAGGUUCCUUUACAGCCAACCUCGACGUUGUCCACCAAGGCUCUGCGUCGGUCCCGUACCGUUGCCAUUCUUGGGCCUUUUUUAUCCAUCACGAGCCAAGCGGGCGACACAUUCUGUGGGAUGUUGGCCUUAGUGCUCUUACUCGGCUGGGCGAACAGGAUCGCUCCGAAUACACAGCCUACACAAACAAGCACAUACUUGAUGUCUUACAUCCAGUUUCUCCUGUCGUACCACUCCCGGAGCAGCUACAUGCACUCGGCGUCCCGCCAGAUAUGCUCGAUACGGUGAUAUUUAGCCACCACCACUGGGACCAUUCCAGGCCGAUUAAAGGUAUGUUCCAGCGGGCUGUGGGUUAUUUUGGCCCUGGAACUUUUGCACACUGUACACCAGGCCAAUUUCACGACGAGCCAUACGAUGUGAGCGGAAAAUGGGAUGCUCAUUUUUUCUAUCCCGAAAAGGCUACAGAGAAUUGCGUGGAGCUGGACGGGAAAUGGCAACGCUUUGGUCCGUUUGAAAGGGCUCUAGACCUACUAGAUGACGGAAGCCUUUGGAUUAUACAGGCCCCUGGCCAUAUGCCUGGAAACUUGGCAGCCGCUGCUAAACUUGCCAACGGGGAAUGGGUCAUCAUGGCAAGCGAUUGCUGUCAUUCAAGAGCACUUCUAGAUGGCUCAGAAGACUUCAGGACCUGGGUCAACCCCAACGGAGAAACUGAGUCUCUUCACGAAGAUCUGCCAGCGGCCAAAGCCACUGUUAAUAAGCUCAGGGUGCUCGAGACGCACUACAAUGCCCACAUAGCACUAGCACACGACAGGAGUUGGAUUCUAGCGGAAAGCGACGAGGUGCUGAUGUCGCUACUGAGCGAUUACGCCUUUAAAGCCUGCAACGCUCCAUAA